AUGAGUCUGACUGUUCAUGUGCUGUACGUCAUCAGGCGCGGGAAGAGCGACCUCAUCCUCGAGGGCGUACUGAGGGUGGAGAAGUUCCUCCACGAAAUGAAGGCCACCAUCGUCAGUCCCGCUUCCUCCGCAUUCCACUUCUCACCAAACUCGUCUCACGACGGAGCCUUCAAGGGGGCACCGCCCUAUGCCGAGCACCGUCCGUCCGUGGUAUCUCCGGCUCUCCGGUCCGCCUCGCGGGGAUCCUUCUCCGGAUCUCCGCUCAACGAGGUUCACCAUCCGCAACGCACGCCCAUCUCUGAGACGCAGUACCAGAAUAAUUUUGAAAAUGCCGUGCUUGAUUCCAUGCAUACGAGCACCACCGAGUCGGUUCUGCAAUGGCCUCACUUCGAUGCUUAUUCGACCAUGCGGGACGGGUAUGUUUCCAUCUUUCACUUAGAACAGUCGCGGCCGGCAGUGAAGACGCGGUCAACGAGCAUGUAUCCGUAUGUGACAUCGGAGGAUGUUGAGGGUAUCAUCGAGUCGUUCGAGCACACCAUCAACUUUUGGUAUCCGACCAUGUCUCGCGAUCAGCUUGACCAGGUCCGUAAUCUCAUAUCAGACGGCAUCCCCGAGGAAGAUAGCAUCCUCGUGUGUUUGGCGCUUUUGACCAUGGCUUUGGGGUGCGUCGGUCAAGUCACCGCAGGGUUGACGAGCGAAGCAGCGCCGAGUGAGGAGGAAAGAAAGCGCAAAGCGGCAAGGAAGGCCAUGGGCGACAUGUACUUUGACAGCGUGCUGAAGAAGCUCCAUGUUGUUCACACCAAUGUGGGGAGCACCGCCACUCACUGCUUGUUCUUCACGGCAAUGUACUUUGCCUUCCUCCGGCGGCCGUUACAAGCAUGGGAGUACAUCAACGCGGCGUCUGCUAAAUGCCUACUGUUGCUUUCCUACACACCCGAGUCUGAGUCUGCGGAAGACCAGGAAAGGAUUCGCAGGAUUUUCUGGUCUUGCUACAUUCUUGAGAGGUAA